AUAAACAAAUGAUUUUCGAAAUUAUUUAUUUAUUUAUCAUGUUUUUGGAAAAAAAGGAAUAAUUUGUUGUGAUUUCACAAAUUUGAAGAUGUCAAGAGAUUUAACUACGUAUCCUAUAUCUCAGAAUGCUCGAUUCAAGCUUCUUAGUUCCGGAUUUCUUACUAAAGAAGAUUUAAAUGGCUUCAAACCAAACGAACUUGCUUGUGAAACAGGUUUGUCUGUCCAAGAAGCUUUAGAUGUUUUAGAUAUUGUAUUUCCCACACCAUCUUCAAAUUCAGCUUCUGAGGUGCUAAGUUGCAGUGCUUUUGAUGUUUUAUUAGAUGAAAAGUCUCGAUCACCAAUAACAACUUCUUGUAAAUCAUUUGAUUUCAUCUUAAAUGGAGGAAUACCUAUGAAGAAAAUAACAGAGCUUUGUGGAUGCCCUGGUGCUGGAAAAACUCAAAUGUGUAUGCAACUUUGUGUAAAUGUGCAGAUUCCAAAAUCUCUCGGUGGUAUUGAUGGAGAAGCAUUUUAUAUUGAUACUGAAGGCAGUUUUAUGGCUCAAAGGUUACUUCAAAUUGCAAAUGCUUCUGUGAAUGAAUGCAAAAGCAAAUCAACAGAUUCUGAUGUCAAAAAUUUUACCGUCGAAAAAAUUUUAAAAGGUGUAUAUUAUUAUCCCUGUAAAUCAUAUAUUGAAUUGAUUGCUAGAGUAAAUCUUUUACAUCAGUUUCUUGAAAAGCAUAAAAAGGUUUCCUUAAUAAUAUUGGAUAGUAUAGCAUUUCAUUUUCGUUAUGGUUUUGAUGGAAGUUAUUCUCUGCGGGCUAGACUUUUAAAUGGAAUGGUGCAGACAUUAGUUAAAGUUGCUAAUGACCAUAAUGUUGCUGUGGUUCUUACAAACCAAAUGACAACAAAAAUACAUGAAGAUGGCAGCUCUAAUUUAAUACCAGCUCUUGGAGAGAGCUGGGGACAUGCUUGUGCCAUUCGUUGCAUACUGUCAUGGAGUGAAGAAAAUAGACAAGUUCAUAUAUUGAAAUCUCCAUCUAUGGCUGAAGCAAGAGCUACUUAUACUAUUACAAAAAAUGGAAUCACAGAUGUUUAAAGGUUUUUUUAAAGAAAAGUUAUUUUGAUUUGAAAGUUUUAGCAAAGUUGG